AUGGAGGAGUUUGCUGCAUGGAGACCUUCACGAAGGCAGGACACGUCUGGCAUCCCCUUCCCACGGGUACAUGGUCUGUGUAGUCUUGAAUUGCGGGUCGAUCGUCGGCCACGCGGCUUGCACAAUGCGGCGGAUGUCGUCGAGUGUGCGGGACUGGUCUCUCUUCACGUGUGUAUCCACAUCCACGGCCGGCAUCGAUUCGAUGCGCAAGAGGUCGUUCUUGUUGGUCGCGUGGCGUCUCGGCGUCACAUGCACCGCGAUGCUUCCGUAGGGAUUGAUGAACCCGAACGAUGGAGUGGCCGUGAGCCCGCAGUUGCUCUUGAUCUUGUACAUGAGGGUGUUGGACGGCGACGUGUUAGUCAAAACGAGCGAUGCCCCGUGGGCCUGCCGUCGUGUCAAGCAGGAGAGACUACCACGGUGCUCCCGCCUCCUUUUGUCGUCAUCUGUCUGUUGGCUCCUGUCGAGAUGGUGUUGCAGAACACUCGUGUCCAAGCACGCCAGACGCGAGCAGUGGACUUUGCAAUGCACCAUCGAAUGCUGUACCGAUGA